AUGUCUCAAGCUGUACUCAUGAAGGAAUAUAAGGCAUUAGCCAAGGAGAAAUGGGUUCAGAUCGAGAUCGAUGAAGAGAACAUCUACCACUGGAAUCUGGCCUUGAUGGUCAUCAACCCUGAUUCACUCUACUAUGGUGGUUACUUCAAGGCUCAGAUGAGCUUCCCCAAAGAUUAUCCUUACAAGCCACCGGAUUUCCGCUUCUCCAAGCCACUGUGGCAUCCAAACAUUUAUGCCGACGGCCGACUAUGCAUUUCCAUUCUUCAUGCCCCAGGCGAGGAUAUCAUGUCUGGCGAAAGCGCUGGUGAACGCUGGUCGCCGGCUCAACGCGUUGAAUCGGUGCUCAUCUCCAUUCUUUCUUUGCUCGAUGAUCCCGAGAUAUCUUCCCCAGCCAACGUCGACGCCAGCGUCAUGUUUAGGGACGAUAAGGAAGCAUUCAAGGCGAGAGUCAGACAGGACGUUGAAGCCUCGAAGAAGGACAUUCCAGAAGGGUUUGUCAUGCCUACACACGAAACGACCAUGCCAGUCAUCGAGAAGAUAGACGAUGAUUUCUGGAACGAUAGUGACGCGGAAGACGUGGAUUUCGAUGAUUUCGACGACUUUGAUGACGAUGCAGCCAACGGCAGCGAAUCGGAUCAGGAGUUGAACAACGAAUCCGAAGAUGAGGAGAACUACGAGGACGAUGACGAUGACGAUGCGAACCAUGUUAAAGGCAAGACUCGGGGAGAUCAAGUCGACUCUGACAUGGCAGAACCCAAGGAGUAA